CCUAGGCCGUUGCCUUUUCCUGUUCAGGGGAUGAGAAGCCUUGCCGCAGCAAGUUGAGAAGUUUUGGGGGAGGGGUGUCCUCCUUCCCGCCGAGCUCUCUGAGAUUAAGGGCUUGGCCUGCUCAGGUAGAGCACGUUCCGGGUCUUGCAAACUCAUCUCCCGGGAGGCAGCGGAGGGAAAGCGGGGGACGCGGCUGCUAAGGCUGAGCUUGCGACGGAGUCGGCUGUUACCCGGGGAAGUUCUUCAGGGAAACGCCUCGGAACAGUGGCUUCUUGCGGGAGCGGUGAGGCCAAAGCCGGGGCCCGCGGAGACCGGUCCGGAGAGGCGACGCGCGUUCCUACAGGGCUCGGUACUGACUUCUUCAGUGCUUAGAGUCUGAGAAAAAUGGCAAAUAUGGAUAGUGAUUCUAGCCAUCUUCUCAUCCCUGAGGUAGAUAAUGAAAUAAAUCCCGGACCUAUGAAUAUCCAGUUUGAUUCAUCAGAUAUAAGAACCAAAAGGCCUUUCUAUAUAGAGCCCACAAACAUCGUCAAUGUGAAUGAUGUCAUUCAGAGGGUUAGUGACCAUGCCUCUGCAAUGAACAAGAGGAUUCAUUACUACAGCCGGCUCACUGCUCCUGCAGACAAGGCACUGGUUGCCCCAGAUCAUGUAGUUCCAGCUCCAGAAGAGUACUAUGUGUAUAGUCCAUUAGGUUCUGCUUAUAAACUUCAAAAUUACACUGAAGGAUACAGUAAAAACACCAGUUUAGUAACCAUUUUUAUGAUUUGGAAUACCAUGAUGGGAACAUCUAUACUAAGUAUUCCUUGGGGCAUAAAACAGGCUGGGUUUACUACUGGAAUGUGUGUCAUCAUGCUGAUGGGCCUUUUAACACUUUAUUGCUGCUACAGAGUGGUGAAAUCACGAGCUAUGAUAUCAUCAGUGGAUACCACUACCUGGGAAUAUCCAGAUGUCUGCAGAUAUUAUUUUGGCUCCUUUGGGCAGUGGUCAAGUCUCCUUUGCUCCUUGGUGUCUCUCAUUGGAGCAAUGAUAGUGUAUUGGGUGCUUAUGUCUAAUUUUCUUUUUAAUACUGGAAAGUUUAUUUUUAACUUUAUUCAUCACAUUAAUGACACAGAUGCUAUACUGAGCACCAACGAUAGCAACCCUGUGAUUUGUCCAAGUGCCAGGAGUGGUGACCAUCCUGACAAUGGCUCUAUGAUUUUCUACACCAAUGACUCGGGACUCCAGCAGUUUGAAAAGUGGUGGAAUAAGUCCAAGACAGUGCCCUUUUACCUCAUAGGGCUCCUCCUGCCACUGCUUAAUUUCAAAUCUCCUUCAUUUUUUUCAAAAUUUAAUAUCCUAGGCACAGUUUCCAUUCUCUACUUGAUAUUUCUUGUCACCUUGAAGGCUAUUCGCUUGGGAUUUCAUUUGGAGUUUCAUUGGUUUAUGCCAACAGAAUUUUUUGUCCCAGUCUGUUCUACACCUAGCAGAUGGAGUGGUAUGACAAAGCAGAUAGUUCAGUUGCCUCCUUGUCACCAGGUGGUAAACCCACAUUAUAUUUUACAAAAAUGGAGAAUCAAGAGGAAAUUGGCAAACAAACACAAAAGUGCAAAAAUGAAACAAAAAGUAAUAAUGGUGGAAAUGAAAUUUGAAUCAAACAUAUUUGACUGUGGAAAUGUUGACAUUGCUGCCAUUCGAGAGACUCUAGGUAUGCAGCCAGAGGAACUUAGGGAAGGUGAAAUUAUCAACAUGAAUGAAGAAAGUGGUUGUGAUGAAAAGGAUGAAGAUGUCCCAGAGGAAGUGACACUAUCAAAAAACUUCACAUUGAAAGAAUUCUUAGCGAUACUUCACAACAUUGAAAUCACAAAAAAUGGAAUGUUGGAAGCUGAUGAAAACUUAGAAGAAAGGAAUAUGACAGUUCACCAAAGCAUAGAAAAGAAGUUUGCUCUUACAAUUAUACCUAUUCAACAUUAUGGAAAUUUUAUUCUCUCUUUACAGGUGAGGGACUUGUCCAUUGCUUAUAUGCUGGUGACAUUAACUUAUUUCUAUAUUGGAGUCCUGGUUUUUGUUUCAUUUCCUUCACCACCAUUAUCCAAAGAUUGUAUAGAGCAGAAUUUUUUAGACAACUUCCCUAGCAGUGACAUCCUGUCCUUCAUUGCAAGGAUAUUCCUGCUGUUCCAGAUGAUGACUGUAUAUCCACUCCUAGGCUACUUGGCUCGUGUCCAGCUGUUGGGCCAUAUCUUCGGUGACAUUUAUCCUAGCAUUUUCCACGUGUUGAUUCUUAAUCUAGUUAUUGUGGGAGCUGGCGUGCUCAUGGCCUGUUUCUACCCAAACAUAGGAGGAAUCAUAAGAUAUUCAGGAGCAGCAUGUGGCCUGGCCUUUGUAUUCAUAUAUCCAUCUCUCAUCUAUAUAAUUUCCCUCUACCAAGAAGAGCGUCUAACAUGGCCUAAGUUAAUCUUUCACAUUUUCAUCAUUAUUUUGGGCCUGGCUAACCUAAUUGUUCAGUUUUUUAUGUGAAAUAGUCAACUGUCUUCUCCAGAUCUUUCAUGGUGUUUUGAACUCUGACAACAGUUCCACAUAAACUCACUUGUAAAUGCUGUUGUUGCUGUAAUUAUUAAUGUUUUCCUAAGGUAAUUUGAAACCAAGGGAAAUAGUGGUCCAUUAAUAAGUAAUUCUUGUUAGAAUGGGGAAAAGGGCAGUAAGAGUGGUCUUAAUCUCUUUACCUUUUUCGUAUUCACUCAUCUCUUCAUUCUCACUGUCUUUUCUGAGUAGAAAUGUAUGCCCCUAGGAAAAAUCAUGCUGGGUUUUGCUUUUAGAGAUGUAGGGUGGGUGGGUUUAUUCUGGCUACAAUAAUGAUUCUCAGAGUGUCAGAGCAACUAUAUUGCCAGAUCCCAUUUCUGUUUUAUGUUUCAGUUAUUCACUUUUAUUUUAUUACUUGCUAUAUCAUUUCUGCAGUUUGCCCAAACCUUUACUGUUUUGGACAGUAAACCAAAUACCUCAUUUUAAAAAAGAAGUGUCCAUGACAUCAGUGUUAGAGUGAAUUCUUGCUGUGAGCCCUUAAUCUCUGUUUUAAAAAAGAAAGAAGGGGGCUUCCCUGGUGGCGCAGUGGUUGGGAGUCCGCCUGCCGAUGCAGGGGAUACGGGUUCGUGCCCCGGUCUGGGAAGAUCCCACAUGCCGCGGAGCGGCUGGGCCCGUGAGCCAUGGCCACUGAGCCUGCGCGUCCGGAGCCUGUGCUUCGCAACGGGAGGGGCCACAACGGUGAGAGGCUCACGUACCGCAAAAAAAAACAAAAAAAAAAAACAAUGUCAGAACAGGCCCCAUGGUCAUGAAACUUAUGUAAAAUAAAGGAACUAGGAGAGAGUUUGUUGCUAUCUGAUUCCUCUUCUGUUUCUAAUCCAGUUCCAGUUCCCCAAGCCACAUUUUGCAUAGGAACAAGUAUUGUCCUCAUAGACCCAAGGAGCUCUUUGGCUUUUUGGACCCCUGAGGAUUGCAUAGGAUGUGAUGACAGGACCAGUGGGGAAGAAUAUAGGAAGCAUGGAAGAGAGGGAUAUAUGAGGCAUUAAGGGAAUAGAGAGGGCCCAGAAAGAGUGAGGCCUCCUUAAAAGUGUAUUCUCUGCUGGGGGUGAAAGUGAUUUCUUCAGCACAGGAAAGGAUUACUUCUAUUCAAAGUAUGACCUCCAGAAGGAGACCCCCUCAACUUACUUCUGUAACUGUCAGGGUAGAGGUUAAAUCGCCAAAAGAAAAACUACUUGGAUCUGAGAAAAUGGUUAGGGAAUCUUAAUUCUUUGAUUAACACUCUCCUCUUUUUCUUUCAAACUAAAAGCUAAACCAAAAUCUAAAUCCAUGUCUUUCAUGUAACAUAGCCUCCAUGUUCAGCUGGAAAAGUUAGAUUUCUCUAAUUUUAUGGUAACAUUAAACAGUGUAUUGUGUUAAUACACAUCCCAAGAUAAUGUGUAGAUUUGUGUUAUUUUCCUUCGUUUGUGGAAGACAGGUGAAAUGGUUUUUUAAACCUGGUAAAGAGCUCCAGAUUCAAGACCAGCCGUUCUUCCUUUUAGCAGAGCUUUCUAUCUAGUCCAUAGACCCAUACCUAUACUGAUGAACUGUAUUGCCUAAAGCUCUUUUUUAAAAAGUCUCAUUAUGAAAAUUCUCAAGCAUACACAAAAGUAGAAAAAAAUAAUACGAUAAAUCCCGCCAUACCCAUCCCCUACAUUUAGUAAUUAUAAGACUUUGCCACAUUGCUCACCUAUCCCCCUUUUUUUCUUUUCCACUGAAACAUUUUAAAGUCAAUCUUCAAGUUAAUGUCCACUGAAACAUUUUAAAGUCAAUCUUCAAGUUAACAUCAUUUCAUCUCUAAAAACCUUAAUAUGCACUUGAACUUAGUUACAUUUGUUGAGGGAGACAGUCUCUGAAGUUUUUUGUUGUUGUUGUUAGCAGAAACUGCUGGUAGAAGUUAGGUAAUUAUAAAAUUCUGCAUUACGUGUCUGGAUCCCUGUGUUAACCUCUCUUAGAACAGGAAUAUAAGGCGUGGAGAAAAUGUGUCUCUGUGCCUCUGCAUCUUUAUGACUUGAGAGUUUUAUUCAGUUAGAGACAUAGGAAUCAAAAGCCAGACCUUGAGAGAUCUUCCAGGCUUAAUCCUUGUUUAUCUCUAGUUGCCUCCCUUGUCUUUAAAAACUAAAGAGACAAAGUUGCAUUGCCUUUAAUGUUUUAACACAUAGAAAAGUGAUUUGAUAUAUUUUUGCGCAUUUAAUAAUCAAAGUGAAUAUGAAAGUGAAUGCAUUAUUGAUUAAACUAAAAAGCAACGUGAUAUUUGCUUUUUGUUUUCUUUAAGAGACUUGCUGAUUUAGAAUUUCCAAAAUCCUAUGUUAGACUUAUGCUGAAUGACUUUGCCUCCUUAGGUUUUUCUUCACAAAACCAGCUCCUUUGGCCGAUUAAUUAACUUGGUUGGAAAACUCUUUGUGUACGUGUGUCCUGGCUCACAAAUUAGAAUGAUGAGAUGAGAUCUCAUUCUGAUCAUAUUACAAUUAAUUUUAGACUUUCUCUGCUAUCAUCUCUUUGAAUUUUCUAAUUAAAUUUCUUUCACUUUUUGCUCUGAUAUGGUUAAUCUUAGUUUCUUUGAAUUUAGCUUAUUUAACACAUAACUGAGGACGUUAUAAAAUUUAAAAUAGCUUGUUUAGAGAGCUCUUCCUUGGAAAGGCUCUGGAUGAAUAUGUGGUAUGCUAAUACUACGCCAGAAAGGACAAAGAAAUAUGCUUUGACAUUUGACACCUAUGGAUGAUCAUCCAAAAUCAGUUUCAUCAUCACACCCAAAAAAUGUAUUGGAAUAAAGAAUAAAUUUACCCACAAAAAGGGACUGUAUUAGAGGGAAAUAGUCACUUCAUUUACGCUAAAUAUAUUUCGCAAAUACAAUACAGCCACUAAAUGUAGAGGCAGAAGAGUUUUUGGUUUCUACUUGGAGUUCAUUAGGAGAAUUUUUUUAUCUGUAUUUUGACUUACUCAUUUCCAUAAAUAAUUGAAUAACUACUAUCAGGGAGGGGGAAAUUUCCCCCCAUCCCUCUUGAGUUCUUUUGGCUGGUCUAAUAAUUAAAUUGACCCAAGACAUAUUAACGGGAGAAAGAAGCAAAACAGAGCAAUUUAAUUUGCAUGUGUAGAAUUCUCAUAGAAAUGGGACCCCCGAAGUGACCAAAGCAAGCUGUUCAUAUAUCAUUUUUAGACAAAGAUUUGUGAAGAUUUAACUUAAGCUAGGGAGCAAACUGAUGAAGAAGUAACAUUUGUUUAUAGUAUAGCUUUUUAAGCCUUGAGUUCCCUAACUCGAGUGAUAAGGACGCUUUGUAGCCUCCUGGUAUAGGGAGGAUACCUUCACCUGGGAGAUUUAUUUCUCGCUUUCAUGGGGAAGGGGGAAGUCAGAGUGUUUUUUAUAUCUUUUGUUUCCACCAGCUGUUUCUCAAGUAACUUUAAUUCAAAAUAAUCACUAUGCCACUGUGGUGUAUCUUGGGGCAGCCUGUCCUGAGCCCCAGCACUACCAUGUUCAGUACUUUGGAGAAGGCAAAUAUGUAUAAGACAUCACUCAUAUCCUAAAGGAACUUGUGGUCUAGUAGAGGAACUACGCCUACAGUUAACUAUAAUGCAAGGCACUUUCAGACAAAUAGAAACAGAUCCCUUCCAGUCGGGAUCCUCAGGGAGGGCAGGUAAAGGAAGCUGAGUGGUAAAGCUGCAAGGACACAUUUUCAGCCUUCUCCUAAUAACUGUCCAAAAUUUUAGGUGUUUGAUACAUUCACCAUCAAGUGGGAUCUUCUAAAGUGUAAUUGCUUUUACUUUGGCAAAUUUUCUCUAAGAUAAGUUUUGUAAGAAGUAUUUAACUGCUUCUGUAUACUGUUUAUUGUUCUCUUUGCAUUUUAACACUGCAAGAUUCACUUCUGUGAAUCUUGGACAGCAAAGUACAAUUGGUCAAUAGGGGAAAUAAUCAGUAACACAUUGGGCAGUACAAACAGAAAGAUUCUGUAAGAUUUUCUCUCCAAAAAUUUGACUUAUUUAUCUGUAUUCAAAACGUCAAACGUUUGGACUCAUUGAUUAGAGCAGAAAAUAUUGAUGCUGCUUAUUUUCUUUACAAAGCACUGACCUGUUGCUUUUUAGAAUCUGGUCGUGGUUAUGUGGUGGUAGUUUGUUUUCUCAUCCCAAUUCGAACGUCCAAAAGAAAAUCCAAAUCUAGCUGACACCUAAACAAUAGAAUGUUACAUUAGUUUGUUGUCCAAAAUGGAACGCGCACAAGGCAGCCUGGCUGGCCCCAGUUUCACAGUCGACUGCCGACUUCACUUCAGAUUAUGUAAACAUGUAUUGCAAAACAGCUCUGACGGGAACCUCAUAACCUAAACAUUAUUCUCUGAAAUGUAAUUUGUUGUCUUUUUAUAUAAAAGAAGAAAUUAAAUCAAAAUUAUUUUGAAGAAAAACGACUCUGGGCUUUUGUUUAAUUGAACUUUGCCAGGAAAUGCCAUUGCCUAGUAGCACUGACCCCAGGGUAGAAGGAGUCCAUCUUUUGCAGGGUCAGACUUCUCAAGUGACUCUGCGUGUGUCACAUCAGGUCACUCAAGUGACCGAUGCAUGUCUCACAUGCCCUCCGUCAUGUUCUUGAUCCUAAAAAAAAAAGGUGUAUGCUUUGUAUGUUAACCAAAACCUAAAAUGAUCAUCUCUUUUGGACAAUAAACUUUGUGACUUCUCCCUCUAAGAGCAUUUCAGAAUGAAUGUGGCACUUCAGAUAAGUGUAGCCCAGUUUCUGGCAAAGAGCUUAGUAUCAUAAUCUUACAGAGCCAUUUAAGGCAAUAGAGAGCUCUAAUCUUCUGCCUGCCUUAAGUAAAAUUCCUUUUUUCCCCCAAUGUCAUUUUUUAAAAAUAUUUCUCAACUCUUCUGCAAAGAUAAAAUAAGGCUAUGUCUUUUAAAAGAUUAAAAAUUCCUCCAUUCUCCUUAUUCAUCUCAGGCCAUAAAGUACAGGGCUGGGAUAGGGAUUAGAAAGAGCACACUCUCUGCAGAUUUUUCCUCCUUUGGGUCUCUCUUGAUAUCCCAAGUAAUCCAACUGUGUUUUGUUUUAACAGACACUUAAUAUACAGUUGUUUAAUCAAUCAAUUAAUGAGGCAGGAUUCCACUUUAAUGGAAAACAAUAAUUGCUACUUUUUAAGAGUUUUUCGUUUCUACUUGGAGUUCAAUACCCAAAAAAAAAAAAAAAAAAAAAAAAUUGGGCCAGUCAGGUUCAGAAUUAGUCUCUCGGCCAAUAUUUAAGUACUAACCGGAUGCCAGACUCUGUGCUAAGCACAGAGCAUCCAGUGGUGAACAAGGUGGAUGUGGCCCUGACAGCAUCCUUGCCCACCCUCUGAACUCCGGCAGCUGGUCAUUUUCCAAGAUAAAACUUUAAUUAAUAAUCACACAAAGUUAUGUAGACAUGUGGACAAAAACUGGAAGGGGCCACAGAAGAAUAAAUGUGGGUUACCUGUUGAAGUGAUGAGAUUCUAGGUGAAUCAUUUAUGUUGUUACUUUAUUAUCUGCAUGACAAACUUUCUAAAAGGAUGUCUGUAUUAAAAGAAGGCUUGUAAAAAUAGACCUAUACUCAAGCCAUGAAGUAAAGGACCAACUUAGAAAGAUUUGGGAUGUGGGAUAGAGGUCAUUGGUUACAGGGCAGGUCCAGGUUUAGUGGGGCCUGAAGUUAUAUAAUUUGUUCUUCGCUCUUAAGGAAAAACAUACAAAAUUGGGAAGAACCCCAUACAAGUGAGGAUCCCUUGCUUUAACGUUUUUUAGCUUUAAGGUAAAUCAUCCACACAGCUCUGGGGACGGGAUUUAGAAGACUGAAGGAGGUGUAAUGAAGAAAAGUUUCAGCACUCGGAUAUGUCAAGCUUUGAGUGCCUCUGCUACCUUUAAGAACUGCAACUUUUACUAGAUCUGAGCCUUUACUUCUCAAAGAGUCUAAUUGGAUUUAGCAAAAUAGCAUGGGAUACAAAUUCAGUAAUGGUUAAUUUGGGAUCACAAUAGGACAUUUUUCUUUUUUAGAUUAGAGAGGUUUUACUUGGGAAUGGGUUUUGCAGCAGGGGGGUUUCCUUUUAACUUUACAGAAAUAAUAGAGUUCAAAGAUUCUGUUUGUCAAAUACCUAUUCAGUGAAUCUUAGAGAUGAGGAACAUUUUAAGGGCUCUUGAUGCAGAAAACAAGCCACCAAAAGCAACAUUAGAAUAAGGUAACAUUUAUUUAUUCAUACUUUGUCCCAGAGGGACCUAUUUUCACUACAAUAAAGUAAAAUCAACUUUGCACAAUUAAGUCUCUUUUUUUUAGAGACUAAAUUAGAAUUUUAUGACACUCCUUGAGAGGAAACUAUUCAAAUAAUUAUACCUUUUAUAAUUUUAUAGUUCUUUGUAGCUCAUAUUAUAGUUCUUUAUUGUAGGUAGAUAAAGCAUAAUUCAAUGCAGUAAACGUACUGAUGAUUGUCCUAGAAUUGGAAAUGCAAAUAUAGAGUUAUCCUUCCCAGUGCUGCUAGAAUUCUCUUAGUGUAACAUGACCCUGAUGAUAUCCCUCCGCUGUAAAAUCCUUCAGUGCCCCAGUAGAAAAAUGGGCAGGGGCCUUUGUAACAGACAGCUCUCAGAGGAACAACUGCAAGUUAACAUGCAGAUUUUAAAAGAUCAGAGUCAAAAUACUGAUCUGUGCUAACGAAUAAACCUCAAAAACAUGGAAGUGAAGGAAGCUAGAUGCAAAAGACUAACAGUUCCAUUUAUAUGAAAUGUCUAGAAAGGGCAAAUUUAUAGGAACAGAAAGCAAAAUAGUAGUUGCCUGUGUCUGGGGGUGGGAGCAUGGAUUCACUGUAUCUGGCUAUGUGGAGGAGAUUUUCUAGGGUGAUAGAAAUGUUCUGAAAGUGGAUUGUGGUAAUAGUUGCACAACUAUAUAAUUACUAAAAUCAUUGAAUUGUACACUUACAUUGAAUUUUAUGAAGUGUAAAUUAUCCCUUGAAGCAGUUUUUAAAAACGUUCAACCUCAGAAAAGUAAUUUAAAAUGCUUUCUACUUGUCGAAUACUAAAAUAAUAAUAACUAUUAUUAUUAUUAUACACUGACAAAGGUAUGGGAAUGAACACUCAUAAAACACAAGUGGUUGGUGUAAAAGUGGGUGUAAACUUUCUGAAGGUAAUUUGACAAUAUGCAUCAAAGCCUCAAAAUGCUCAUAUACUUUGGCUCACUUCCAGAUGUAUGUCCUAAUUGGAAGGUGUGGAUAUAUAAACACAAAGAGAUAUUUAUCUCUUUACUAUUUGUAAUGGAAAAAUUAGAAACAACCUAAAUGUCCAACAAUAGGAGAUAAAUUAUAGAAUACCCAUCAAUAGAAUACUGUUUAGCUAUUUAAAAUGAUGAUGCAAAUGCCUAUAUGUAAUAAGUGUCAAAAAGAUGUUUAUAAAUAUAAGUGUGAAGAGAGUACAAUUAUGUAUAGAAUUUAAAACAUUUGUGUAUAUAUAU